UUAGAAUAACACUAGCAAUGAUGUAGGGGUCUGUGGCGCGCGUUCUGGUUGGAAAGCGGCCCAUUUUUCAGAAGGGAAGAUGAUGCAGGGAGGAGAGGAGAGCGGAAAGACGCGGAGGCGUGUUCGCUGCUAGCCAAUAGAAACGCAGAUCCCGGCGCGAGAGCGCACAUGUUUACAGCGCGCGCUCCGCCGGUAGAGUCUGCAGGCUUGGGGAAGGAAGACCGGCACGGAACGGAGCUUCACUCGAUUCAUUACGGAUUUAUUCGACAGGCAUCGAGGCUACUGCUUGGUGUCUUAGUGAAACGCUAUUAUUCGAAGGACUUCACUUGUUUUUAAUAUAUAAUUAGUCUCCGGUUUGCGUUGUUGAGGCUUUACGAGGUGUUCCGUCCGAGGCGCGCGCGCCGUGCCGUGUUUUGUGCGCGUCUCCGCGAGGAAAACAAACAACCCGACAGAAAAAUAUCCUCGCCGGUCGGAAAGCGAGAGAUCCGUGUGUCCGACUUACACGUAGCGCGUUUUGGUUUGUUUACAGGAGACAUUAUGCAUUUUCUGACGUCCUGAUUAACAGUGGAACGCGCAGCCUGAAAUGAAAAUGCACGAUCGGGCUCGUUACGCAUUAGCACAGCUCGCUCAAUUGCAGGUUUGGCAUUUUGUUUUCGACGUUUUUCAUUUGUAAAGGACACGUUUGUUUUUUGUUGUUGUUGUUUUUCCCGUGAUCGAUCGAGUCAUGCACGCUCGGCGGCUGGUGAAGCGCUCACUGAUCGGCAGCCGCGUGUACGCGCCCGGCUCGGGAGCGGCGGCGGGGGAGGCGGGAGAGCGCGAGAACAGAGACGCACCGGUACCGAGCGGACAUACAGAGGAAGAAGCUGUCAAGGGAUCAAGGAAACCGAGCUUGAAGAGUUUGUGUAACGGUGGGCAGCGUGACAUGCCAGCACAGGGUCAGAACGGUGGCAUACAAAAAAGCGAGAACGCAAACGGGGUGGAGGAGCUGCGGGCACCGGAGAACAGACGAGCAGGUCGGACGUUAGAAAUGGAGAAGGACAAUCCGCGCUCCGUGUCGCUGCUCGAGCAGAAACGCAAGGUCGUUUCGUCCAGCAUCGACGUGCCCCAUGCCAGGAAAUCAGAGGAGGAGGUGGACAUGGAUAAAGUGACUGCAGCCAUGGUGCUAACUAGUCUUUCCACAAGUCCUCUAGUGCGCAGUCCUCCAGUUAAAGUUAGCGAGGGUCUGAAUGGCUCGUGGAAGGAUGGAGGCUUCACUCCAUCUAGUUACAGCAGCAGUGGCUUCUGGAGCUGGAGUGCUCCUAGUGACCAGUCCAACCCCUCCACUCCAUCUCCUCCACUCUCAGCCGACAGUUUCAGACCGUUCCGUAUGUCCAGCCUCAGUGGGCCACAGGACGACACACUGGACGAGCAGGACACAAGCAGUCUGCUGUUUGAUGAGCCAAUUCCCCGAAAACGCAAGAACUCCAUGAAGGUGAUGUUUAAGUGUCUGUGGAAGAACUGCGGCAAGGUGCUGAGUACUGCAGCGGGGAUCCAGAGACACAUCCGCACCGUACACCUCGGGCGGAACUGUGACUCGGAGUGCAGUGAUGGAGAAGAGGAUUUCUAUUACACUGAGAUUAAGCUAAAUACAGAUUCGGUGGCUGACGGGCUGAGCAGUCUGUCCCCUGCGUCUCCUUCUGUUCUGUCUCCUCCACCUGCCACCGAACACAGACGAACCGAAACCUCCAGCAUCACCAGCGGAGUCAAAAGCGAGAGCAGCAGCUCCACCCCUCUCAGUCGCUCCGCCCCCAGUGCACUGUACCUGGUGCAUGCUGACCACGCCUACCAGGCCACGGCUCCAGUCUCCAUCCCAUCCACCAGCUCAGCCCGCUUCACCCCCUCCAGCAGCAGCAGCUUCAGCAUCUCCUGGCAGUCCCCACCGGUCACCUUUACCGGAGCCCCAGCCUCUCCCACUCACAGUCAGACACAAGGCUUUAGUGAACAACGUUCGCAGACCAUCCCAGUGCUCUCGUCUCUACCCCGAGCCUCAGGCUCACUCAGCAGGAAGUCCCGAGGUGAGGGUAAGAAGUGCCGAAAGGUAUACGGAAUGGAGAACAGAGACAUGUGGUGCACGGCCUGCCGCUGGAAGAAAGCCUGCCAGAGGUUUGUGGACUAAGCUGCCUAGGAAAAAGUGGUGUGGUGCUUCCUUUGCUUGCAAAACUGUUUCUGCUCUGCCUCCUACACCACAAUUCCCACAAUCAUCCACGGCCUGGCCUGGACCCAGGAUCUGAAACAAAACUCCUCAAACAUUCCCAGUGCACUUGCCAAAAUCUCAGAGGAAGGCGAGUAGCACUAUGUUGCAAAAAAAAAAAAAAAAGGAAAAAAAAAAAAAAAAAAAGCUUUUUUGGAAACAUUUGGCUGUAAAACAUUUGUGGAGUCACGGAGAAACCAAACAUCAUGGGUCCAAUUAUUGCCUGGGUUUUGUUUUCUAAAAAAAGAAACACUUAUGGAGUGCUACAAAAUGGUGUACAAACUAAGAUCCAUGUUUUCCAUGAACAAUUUUCCACUUCUGCUUUUCAGCCGGGAUAAACAUUAGCACCAACUGCCAACCACACUCGAGACUCACACCCUCGAUUACAGAGACUGCGUGGUGGAUGUGUGUGUUUGGGGAGGAGCGUGCCCCCUGGUGGAAAUGGAUCAAAAAUGAUGGACAAGGAUAAGCCAGUGCUUUUCUUCCGUAUAGUCACAAGCAAUUACACUCACUAGGGAGGGACAGGUUUUCUAUCUGUUUUAUAUGUGUGUCAUUUCUUUCAGGGAUGAUGCGUUCAGCGAAAGCAAAACCAGCAGCAAUGUUUAAAAGCAGCGAAGGUCUUUUUUCCGUUUUUUAGGAGAUCUAUCUACCUGCAACCAAAAAAGGAUUCUUUGUGCCAUUUCUGUUUUUUUUUUUUUUUUGUACUCAGUUGUGCAUGACUGCUAUGUUAAUAAACACCCACACAGCAGAUAACAGCGGCGUAAACCAAGCCACACUCAAUCAGACGAGUCUGCGUACAACAACCUCCUCCCUCGUUCAUUAAUGGACCGGUCAGCAGAGCACCGUCCAAACACUUAAAGAGAUGCAGCAGUUAGAUCUCCCUCUGAACCCAUUUGUCCUGACCUCACACCUUUUAAAUAGGAAGUAAUAAAAAGAGAGAGCACUUACUUUUCCCUUCAGCCCGGAGCUCACACGGUGGGCAAGAGCUGGAAGCACUCAAGUGUGUUUUGUUUGUCAUCUGUCCUUGAGAAGAUUGUGUAACUGUGCUGCACAGUGAUCACAUGAGUAGGAAAUGGGAUUUUUCUCUGUGCUGCUCCAGGUGAUGAUGAUUGGAUGAAACUUUUUCUGUGUUCAUGUCCUGCUGGGGUUCAUUACAGGCAUGACUCCAGCAGUGAUGGACUUUUAUGCAAGAAGAAAACGGCUGCUGUUGUAAGUUCUCUGGCGCUGUUUUUGUCUCCAGUUUUCGAUGCAGUAUUGUACAAACAAGUAACAGAGCUCAACACCAGCGCACACACACAGACACACACACCGCAAUUUAGUUUCCUUCAACAGCUCAUUAUUUUUCUACCUUCAGAAUGAUUAUGUAUGUAGUUCUAAGCUAAAUUUCAAAACACUGAGAACUGUUUGGUGUCUCAAACAAACUGCGACACUCUUUACUCCUGGUCAUUUUAUGCUUUUUUAUCAGGAUGAUAUCUGAAUCAGGAUUAUUUCAAUAUGGUGUAAAUGCACCUGAGAUGCAUUUAAAACAGAUUUAAAUCUGAUUUCUCAGGAGAUCUAAUACAAUGCUGUUGGAACAUUUAGUGAAAAUUCAACAAGACUAGAACAAGAUUCUAGAAAUUAACGUUUCUUCAAUGUACAAAUGUUUGUUAGCAUGCUACAGGUAAAAAAUGUCGUAGGAAUGUUUCUAAGAGUUACAUGUUUUCCGUACGCCUGAAAAAAAUACGAUUUUGUAGAAUAUUACAAAUGAAAACAUUCUGCUAAUGUAAAGUUGAGAGUGUAAAUAAUUCCAUAUGUUCAGUCCACAACCAAACCCUGACACAAUAGACACUAUGAGACAUCUUAAUCGACUGUAUAUGAUACAAUACAAAAACAGUACAGUAACACAAGUAACAUGUUUUAUUUGUUACUGAUUAAUUAUGAAUCAGUUCAAUUCAGGUCCAAUUUAAUAGGAAUUAGUUCAGGUACAUUUAAUGUAUUUAUUGAACCUGCAUCUUUAACAGAAGGAAUUUAAAAUGAGGAAGCGCAUUUUCUCAGGCUACAAUCUCGAUUCAAGAAGCAUGAAAUGACCAGCUGUAAAUGUGGAUAAGGAUGUGAAGAGUCUGAGAGAAUUACAUUUUCUUUCCAACUCCUUGUGCACCAUUUUUUUGUGAUGUUUCGACACAUACAGUACUUUAAGGUCCAAGAAACUGCCAUUAUAUGUUAUGUGAAGUUUAUAGUCUAUUAAAGAAAAUGUAGAAACUACAAUUUAUGUUCACAUUUAAUUUUUAAGUGAUUUUUUUUUUUAUGUUCUUUAUUUGUAUAUAUUUCUUAAAUUUCGGAAUACAGAAAUAUUAUAUCAUUAUAUCUUCUUGAGCCUUGUCGUAGUGAUCCGCUACAGUAUGUUAAACUCACACACUCUCAAAGCCAGUGACACUGCAGCUGAAUGCCCAAAUCAUUACAACUGAGUAAGACUUCUAAGUUGAGCUGGGUGGUGAUCGAAUCUUUUUUCAUGUUUAUUCGCAUUAUUUACAGAAAUGGGAUAUUUUCGUUAGUGUCACUGCAGCUGUAUUUCUGAUGUUAAGCAUGUCAUUUAAAAAAAAACAAAAAAACAUUUUCCUCAUCUGGCAGAGGCCCUUAUCCAGAGCGACUCAUAUUUUAUCUGAUUUUAUACAACUGAGCAAUGGAGGGUUAAGGGCCUUGCUCAGGGGCCCAGAACUAGCGGCUUGGUGGAUCAGGGAUUUGAACUCUGAGCCUUCCAAUCAGUAGUCCAGCACCUUAAACACUAGGUUACCACAUCCCCCUAAACUAUGUACUAUUCCUCAUAGUUCAGUCUUCAGUCAUGUGUGAAUGCAGUUUGUUCAGACUUCAGGCUUCAUACAGAUUUCACUAAUUUCUAAAUGACUUCGAUUUUGGCGCUUCAAUCCAAUAACAAGCUUCUAAACUAGAAAAAACAAACGGUUUUUGUCUUUUUUUGGCUGGCGAGUAGAAAAAAUACAGUCACAGAUACUAACAUGUACCCAACUUUUCAAACUACUGAUAAAAGGAACUGCCUGUGCAGUUUGAUUGUAUAGAGCAUACAGUGAGUGUCACUGUCUAUACUAAUACUUGUUCACAAACAAGACAAAUUUUCUUGCUCACCUCAUUUAAUAAAAAACUGAACUUUAAUGACAAACUGAACUUUUUCGACUUUGGAAACUCUGUGAUGGAAAAAAAUACAAGCAGAUGGCAGCACUUUUUAAAAGUGGCCAUCGCAUUGCACCAUCGUCACUCCACAAGGUUACGUUAUGUUUAAUUCAUCUGCAGUUUAUUAAAGCUCAAUAUGUGUCAUGUAACCUGGAAAUUAACAGCAGGACAAAUUUUUCAUAUAUAUAAACCAACUCAGAGUUAUUGGGAUGAUUUGAAUGAAAGUUCUUCAUGUCUCCCAGCUAUACUUAGAAGCUUCACGUGUAUAAGGAUGUGGUUGGCGUUUAGAAGAAAAGUAGCUGAUGUAUACUUAUAACUUGGUAAGUCAAAAACUAUAUCCUAGACCCUAGAAGCUACAGCUAAACCCCAUCUUAUUACUAUAAGUGUUACUUGAAGGUGCAGGCUGGCUCGCGCUGUUGUUUACACACCCCUUAAAAAAAAAACCUUAAAAUUCUUUCCAUCAUGAUUACUAUGAAGUGAGGAGGCGCUUUGUUGUUACAGCUCUAAAAUGUGAUUUCCUUACAUAUAAAAUGCAAUAUGUUGUUAGUUUUUACUGCCACAGGCUGGAUCUCACUUGGACUUUGGGUUCAUAAGGGGUUUGAUUACAUUGUAGAACAGUCGAGUAAAAUCCUGAAGCCAUAUUGCUGCUCUUUUUUCCUCUUUACAUCCUGAUGUUCUAUACUAUACUUCUAUCUAAUAUCCUGUACAUACAGUAUUCAUAUAUAGCUGCACAUUAAAGACUAGCAGUUGAUACAGA